AUGCGCGGCUUGCCCUGCGGCCAUGUAUUCUGCGAGUCAGGCCUGGAGAACUGGUUCACCACGCUGAACCCACCCCGGAGGGGAGACCGAUAUCCACGCAUUUUCCGCAAGCGGCUGUGCCCUAGCUGCCGCGCUGAGCUGGAGCUGGGGGACCACCUGCUCCCGCUCUUCCUGCAGGGCUGCUUCGCACGGCCGGACGCUAAGGAGUCCGAGACGGUGUACGAGGAAACAGAAAUGGCGACCGACCCGCCUACAGGCGGACCCAUGACCCUAUCGGCAGGCGGGUAUGCCGAGCAGGUGCAUAAGCGGGCGCGGCAGGCGGUCGAGUGCAUCAAGGCACUCGACGAUGCGUGCAGCUCGCAGUCGGUGCAGCGUGCCGCGGAGCGUCUUCUCGGGGUGUUCGGGAGCAUGCAGACAGACGAGAAGGACGACCAUGUCAAGGCGCUCCUGUUGGCCGUCGCCACCUUCCUCCGCGACACCGUGUGCAAAGCGUACGGUGCGCUGCGCGAGAGGGACCGGCUCGUGCAGGAGAGCGAGCGGAAGCGCGCGCGUCUCAGGCAAGAGAUUGGAACGCUGAACGAGGAGGCGUCGAAGCGGGAACAGCUGCUGGAAGAUGCGAUCGCCACGGCCGACCGCGGCGCGAGCGAGGCCGCGCGUCUCAAAGGAGAGGUGCAGAAGCUCGAGGGCGCGAAGCAGGCAGACAAGAAGAAAAUUGCCGGGCUGCAGAUGGAGGCUGAACAGGCGAGAAGCACGGAACGCCGCCUACGAAACAAGGUCACCGACCUCGAGGCCGACCUGCAAAAGACGACGGCGGAGCUCGAGACGCAGCGCGAGUCGGCGGAGCAGCAGCGGCAAGAGAACGAGGAUCUCCGGCAGCAGAGCCAGAUCGAGUACUCGUUCGACGAGCCCGGUCCGCUGGACGCCUUCGGCGAGUUUGUGCAGGGCUCGUCCCGAAGCCAGAGCUGGGAGACCUCCAGCGUCGUAUACGCCGAAGACAUCGACCUCGACAGCUCGCCGUCCCGACCCUCCACGCCCGCGCCCAGCGCAUCGCACUCCUCGCGUGCACCAUCUGUUGCUUCGUCCCGUGUGUCCUCGAAAACAUUCCGGCUGCGGUCGACGUUCAGCUCACAGGCACGGAUGGCGUCUGGCAGCGGCGCAGUGCCGCAGCGCCCCAAGUUUGUCUCAGACUGGUCGCUGGACCCCCCAGCAAGCAAGCGCAAGCGUGUCGCGGCUGACGAGAGUAGCAAAAAGUUUCCGAUAAAGGUGGACGCGAAUGGACGACCUAUUGGGCAGCUGCAAAUCGGGCCGCGAGCGAGACUAAACAAGUAUAACUGAGAAAGAGUAGCAGCUGCGUGGGGAUGUGCGCAAAGGAGAAACAUUAGACCUGCAUUUCAUUUUUUGGAUACCGUACACAUCUUGCAUCACGACACCACCAUAAACAUUGUCUGUGCCAAAGCUUACACUACUUGGCGUGUGGGUCGGCUCUUGUUUUUCGCUGGUCGUCGAGCAUUGUUUGGCAGAUACUAAACCUUCGGGCACCGGCAUGACA